UAUUCGAAUCUAGCGAAAAGUAGAUAUGAGAUGAUGAAUUCUCAACGCGGCACGAUUCUUACUUAUUAUAAAUACUUUGAUCGAGGAAUAGGUACUAUAGUCCAUUGCGAAUACUCUGGUGAAAGUGUUUAGUUAUUCGUAUUUUAAAAUGAAGUUUUUUACGAAAAAAAAUAAGAAGAGAUUAAUUGCCGCUUUAAUGUUCAGCAAUGCCUUCAAUUACGGUAUUACUGAACAAACUAAUUUCAAAACUAGUGGAAUUCAUGGGACAGGUGUUACACCAAGCAAGACGCGAUCGAAUGCCGAGGCAUUGACAAUAGGCUCAUCACCGCACAACUACCAAACAUCGGAGUUUCCUCCUUCAGAAAACGAACCAGUGAUUGCAGCAGUAGAUGAAGGCGGAAGUAAAUUUUUCAGCGAACCUGUGAUUGCAGCAGUAGAUAAAGGUGGAAGUUAUUUCUCAGAACCAGCAUUUGUACCAGUAGAUAGAGAUGGGAAACGAGCUGAAACUGGGGAUUUUAAACCCGAAUUUAAAACAAUACGGCAUUUGAAUACAUUCGUUGAUAAGACCAUGCUGAUACAUGAUUUUUUCAAACAUGACCAUCAAAGUGUGGUUGUCACGGCACCAAGGGCCUUUGGGAAAACGGUAAAUCUGGACAUGAUUCAGUGUUUUUUUGAACUCGAGGUGAAUGCACAAGGAGAACCAGUAACGAUUUAUAAUUAUGUAACAGAUCCAGUUACCGAUACGCCAAACUUUAACCUAUUUCAAGGUACAAAAAUACUGAGUCAGGUAAAUUUUAUGAAUGAGCAUUUUGGGAAACAUCCGGUGAUACGCUUGAAUGGAAAGUAUAUUGGAUCUAACGGAUCGAAUGUAGAAAAUAGAAUAAAAGAUUGCAAAGAAAUGAUUCUCGAAGCAUAUUUGAAGUACGACUAUGUUUGUAAAAAUCCCAAAUUGAAAGAGCCGCAAAGACAUCAAUGCAAUUUGUGGAUUACACAAGAUUUUAGUAAAAAGCGUGACUCAGCUGUGAUUGGAGCACUUCCAGAAUUAGCCGAAUAUUUAUUCAUACAUUUUGGUACCAAACCCAUAUUUUUGCUUGAUGAAUAUGAUGGGGUCGCAUCUCACUAUAUGGAAGAUGAAUAUAAUACAGACCCCGGCAACAUCAGAUUUUAUUUUGAUAUCUUGAACGAUCUUUUAAAAGAUAACACCGGCCUUAUUGAAAAAGGAUUUAUUACUGGGAUCUUUCAAAUUGCCCCAAAUAUUCCGUCACCUUUACGCAAUGUAGAAAAGUUGCCUUUUCAUAGAAACAGUGUGUUUUCCAAGUAUUACGGGUUCUCAAAGCAAGAAUUUGAAGACCUAAUGGACAAGUUUUCUGUAAAUCAGAACUUGAGAAAUGAAGCUACCACGUUUUAUAAUGGAUAUAAUGAACGAUUCAAUCCAUGGUCAAUUAUUAAAUUUUUAUCAAAUGGAAAAAUUGAGCCAUAUUGGGUACAGACUGGGAUUGUAGAAACGUUUAGUUGUUUUUACCGGAAUACAUAUGCUCAUGACAAAUUUUGGAGCCUUACACAUGGCAGCAAAACCUGUGAAAUAGGAUACAGGCGAUCUCUAACUUCCAAUGAUAUACUUUCUUUGAAAAAUAAUGUAAAAUACCCGCACGAUGCAGACCCAAUAGUCAUAGAUCUAUUCUUCAAUAUAUUGUUAGAACAGGGAUAUUUAGUAAGCAGUCAAAAGUAUGAAUCUUAUAGUUUUAUCCAGGUAAAGAUACCAAAUAGAGAAGUUGAAAAAGAAAUCAUCUAUCGGAUGACAUCGGAGAUGUCUUUAAUUUUCCAUUUUUCACGCAAAUUAUUUGCUGAUUGUUCUAAAUAUAUUAAGAAUAUGGAUUUUCAAUCCCAUGAAGACAUCAAAGUGAAAUUGCAAAAUUUUUCUGACAGUUUUCAAGUAAUAACGAAUGCAAUAAAAACGAAUUCAACUGUCCAUUUAAGCGAGAAGCUUGUGGAUACCCUUCUAUAUAUGGCGUUGUAUGAUCUGUACCUUGCACAUGGGAUACUUCUUACUGGAGCGCCUGAGAUCAGGGCAGAAUCCAGCAAAGCGGUAGGACAACGCCUGACCUCGGAUAUUAUAAUUAUUUAUCGUCAAAAUGCCAUCAUAUUUGAACCGAAGCAAUUAGUGAAUAAAUCCACCACUAUUCUUAAGAAAGCUAUUAAUCAAAUUAUCCAAAAAAAAUACUAUACAAUAUUAAAUAAUCCUGUUUAUAAUCCAGGAGGGUUUGAAGAACUCAACCGAAUAGUAUUUGUAGCGAUUAACGUAGAUGAUGAAUAUAAUGUAGGAUAUGACUACUACACUUUCAGCGGUGCUGAUAUGCUUAGUACUCCUUUAACUACAGUUAAGGUAUGAUUACGUGAACAACCCAUAAAGAAAUGCCCGCAAGACGCACAUAAGAAAGAUGGGCAAGGACUCAAAAAUUGAAGGAAAGCCCUUUUGGCGUGCUUGUCUAGCAAGGUGUCAAAUUGAUCGAAAUACCUGCCUUCCAAAGUUACAAUUGUAAGAAGGAUAUAAAGUUGAAAUGAGACUUAUAACGUAUGACUUUCUUCUUACUGUCAUCGAAUACUCAUAAUUAUAAAAAAUUAUACAUACUUUAUUUAAAAAAGUAAAUAAAAUACUGUGUUUUA